AUGCUGGAUUCCAGAAAAACUAACNACGAAAUGGCAAACGGUGGUAAUCAGAAUCUAAAGGUGGUAGAUGAAGCUUUGAAGGUAGAUGAUUGUGACUGUCAUCUGGAAUUUCUACCACCAUCAGGUCAGCCUCCAAAACAUAAAGGAAAACAAAAAUCUCGAAACAAUGAAUUGGAGAAGUUCAGGUAUGUUUUUCGUCUGUAUGUUUUUUCCCCCCUAAUAGCCUCCUCUUUAUUGCUACUGAAGGAAUUAUCUGAAGCUGAAAACCAGUUUAAGAGGAUGAUUGAACACUACCCCAAUGAGGGACUUGAUUGCUUGGCCUACUGUGGAAUUGGAAAAGUAUAUUUGAAAAAGAACAGAUUUCUAGAAGCUCUCAAUCAUUUUGAGAAAGCAAGAACCUUGAUUUGUCAUCUUCCUGGAGUGUUAACUUGGCCCACAAGUAAUGUGAUUAUCAAAGAGACUCAGCCUGGGAAAAUAAAGAUGCUAUUAGAGAAAUUUAUUGAAGAAUGCAGGUUCCCUCCAGUGCCAGAUGCCAUUUGUUGCUACCAGAAGUGCCAUGGAUAUUCCAAAAUCCAGAUAUAUAUAACUGAUCCGGACUUCAAGGUACAUAAUGAAUGUACAGUAGGACAGUUUAGAUGCCACAGGACCUUUUUUUUCUUUUUAUGGAGCAUCUCUUANCGUUAUGGAGCAUCUCUUAAGGAGCUUGAUUUUAGCAUCAUGACCUUCCUCUGGAAUGAGAAAUAUGGUCAUAAACUAGCCUCUAUAGAAGGAAAGCAGCUUGAUUACUUCUGUGAGCCAGCAUCACUGAAGGAAGCGCGGUGUUUAAUAUGGCUGCUGGAAGAGCACAGAGACAAGUUCCCAGCACUGCAUAAUGCUCUGGAUGAGUUCUUUGACAUAAUGGGUGUGUGGGCUGUUUCAGUUUAUACUGUAUCUGGGCUGAGGGGGGAAAACAAAUCUGUGAAGGACCUAGCUUAUUUAAUACUUGACAAAAUAGUAAGAAUUAUUAUGGUACAGCCUGCUUAUUUGGGCAAGAUAAAGGCAAGAAAAAGAAGCCAAAAGAUUCAAAGCCUGUUAGUGGGGUCUGGAACAGCUACAGUAACAACAAAUAAUGAGAGUGUCACUUCAGGUGAAGACCAUAAACGCAGUUCAAAUUCUGCAGGCCCAUUUGUGGCACCUGACCACCUUCGGCAAGAUGUAGAAGACUUUGAAGCCAUCUACGAGCAGCACAGCAGUGAAUAUGUUGUCCGUAAUAAGAAGCUGUGGGACAUUAACCCAAAACAAAAAUGUUCAACUCUGUAUGAUUAUUUCUCUCAGUUGUUGGAGGAGCAUGGUCCCUUGGACAUGAGUAAUAAAAUGUUCUCUGAAGAAUAUGAAUUCUUCCCAGAAGAAACUCGACAGAUACUAGAAAAAGCUGGAGGUUUGAAAUCUUUUCUCCUGGGAUGUCCUCGUUUUGUUGUGAUUGACGACUGUAUUGCAUUGAAGAAAGUUGCAUUGCGGCUCAAGAAAAAGAGAAAAAAGAAAAACAUCAAGACAAAAGUAGAAGAAAUUUCAAAAACAGGGGAGUAUUUACGAGUUAAACUGCCACUGAAUCCAACCGCUAGGGAAUUUAAACCAGAUGUAAAAUCCAAACCAGUGUCUGAUUUAUCUUCAGCAGCAACUUCUGAGGAUGCGAAGCCCAAACUUAUAGCUGCAAAUUCUCCCAAACCAACCUGUGAGGCUGUGAAGCCGAAACCAGAGUCUGAUAAUUCUUCUAGAUCAGUUUCUGAGGAUGAGAAGCCCAAAGAGGUCUCUUCUGAUCCUCCCAAACCAGUAUCCGAGGAGGCAGGUCACAAGCGAGUAUCCUCUAAUUCUCCCAAACCAGCUUCUGAGGAUGUGAAACCAACCUACUGGACUCAACCCCAUUUGGUCACAGGCUACUGUACAUCCCCCCCCUUUCGGGGGUUUGACAUUACCCAGACACCACUAACAUACGUAAAUGUGUUACCGAGUGUGCCCCAGUACACUAACAUUUACACAACUCUGGCCAACAUGUCUUCUGAGUAUCAGCUGCAGAGAUCAGUGCCAGUGGUGCCAUCUGUUAUAGCCAGUGACGAGCCAGAUGAAAGUGCUGCUGUGUAUUUUGAGGGCCAUCGUUUGAAUGCUGAGAAUGCUGCUGGUAACCAGAUUGCCCCUGAAACACAGAUCCUUCAGGACUCUUUGGAAGUAUCAGUAAAGACACAGUGCAGCACAGAUGGUGCUGAUACAGCCCUGAGUGAGUCUAACAGAAUCGAUGGUCACUGUGGAGAUUCUGCCAACAAGUGGGAAGUAAAUCCAGAAAAUACCGAUGAAGUAACAAAUAUUCCACAUACACAAGUGGUUGCCAUACAGGUGUCUUGGAAUAUAACACAUCAAGAAGUCAAUACUGAGCCAUAUGAUCCUUUUGAGGCACAACAGGGAGAUAUUUUACAGCUUGAGAAGGAGUACCAGGUUUUACAAGAGCAGCUUAAGGAGGCAUGCGAAAAUUAUGAGCAGAGAAAACUCAAGGGCUCAGAAGAGACCCGGGACCUGGAAGAAAAGUUGAAAAGGAACUUAGAAGAAAAUAAGGUAAUCAGUAAUUUGGUGAUUUUCUUUCAUAGAUAUGCCCAGAAAAUUGAUGGAACGGAUAAGGAACAUGAAUUACUUCUGGAUCAGUCCCUUGAAAUCAGUAAUACAUUUACAAAUGAGAUAAUGAAAGUAGAAGAAUGUAUAAAGAAAGGGAAGGAGAAUUAUGAAGAGAGUCUUCAAAGAGCUGUGGCUGCAGAGGUAUCUGUGCUUGAAAACUGGAAGGAUGUGGAGGUGUACAAAUUACAGGUCAUGGAAUCGCAAGCAGAAGGGCAUCUCAAGAACCUGCCGCUCCUGAGCCGUGAUCCUGCAACGUACCCUGAUAUGGAGUCAGAUGUACAUUCAUGGGAAUUGUUUCUUUCUAAGGUCAGAAAAGAAAUCGAGAAAGCAAAGUCUCAGUAUGAAGAACAAAUUCAGGCAGUUAAAAAUGGCUCUCGGCUCAGUAAACUUUCCAAAGUGCAGAUUCCUGAGCUUUCAUUUCCCAUCUGUAGCACAAUUCCUGCUGCAGUACUUCCUGAGUCUUCAGGCCAUGAAGAUCAUGGAACCUCCACUUCUACAAGUCAUGGGACUGGAAACCAAGGAUUUCCUAAGGAUUCAAGUCUGGUCUCUGCCAGUGAUGGCCCACUGGGGGCUUCCUCUCUGCCAUUAACAGGAUCACUUUCCUGUCAGCCCGAAGUCACCCAGCUGCCAGAGUAUAAGAGCACGGGCCAGGAAACUCCGCCAAAACAAAGCCUUGUGGCUGAUCAGAAACUGCCUGUUCUUCCAGGACGUGCCACCCGCUCAAGCCAGUCUCCGAAAAAGCCGUUCAAUAGUAUUAUCGAGCACCUGUCAGUGGUAUUCCCGAAUUACAACAGCACCGAGCUUGCUGGUUUUAUUAAAAAAGUGCGAAACAAGAACAAGAACUCGCUCUCAGGAUUGAGUAUUGAUGAAAUUGUCCAAAGAGUGACAGAACACAUUCUAGAUGAACAGAAAAAGAAAAAGCCAAAUUCAAAUUCAGCAAAGGACAAGAAGUUGCCUGAGCCCAGCCCUGCUGCUUCUGUAACCAGGGUCUCCCAGGGCCCACCCUCCACGAUUGCUGGACCAUCACCCAAAAUCAAGGGACAGAAGACAGAAGAUACCCCUGCAUCGGGUGCAGCUUCCUGUGAACUAUGCCAUGAGGUAUUCAAAUCCAAAAAUGUGCGUGUGCUAAAAUGUGGGCAUAAGUUUCACAAAGGGUGCUUUAAGCAGUGGCUGAAAGGGCAGAGCACUUGCCCAGCCUGCCUUGAUCAGGAUCUCCUGUAAGAAGAGUAGCCGGCACUUCUGGAAGAGGCCAGCCUGUUUUUUUAGGUAGUCACAGUUCACUGAAGAGUAAGUUACUGGUUUGUUGAAUUGGAAGAAUAACAAUAUAUUACUUGUGGUAUAAAAGGCGAACAUUUGAAGAUUCUUUGCACUGUGCGUCACAGCGCUAGUAAAUAGAAAUCUUUAAUACAAUUGAUAGUAAUUUCCCUGCUCUUAUUAAACACUUCAAUAAUAGCAACUAGUGGCUAAUAAAAUUAUGUGUAGCCACAUUCCUAAAUUGUUGGGGCUGCUUACAGAGGUGCUCUCUGAGAUGGAAGGCUUCUUUUGGGAAAUAUUGUGAGCACCACAAAGCAGUACUUGAAUUUUAAGUAUUCUGACCUGUUAAAGUGCUCCAGGUUAAAAUGUUUACAAGUCAGUAUUCCUUAUAAUAUGCCUACAUUUUUCCUCAAAGAUUCUGCAUUUUAAAAAUGGGCUUAAGCAAACAUAUUUUAAUAACCUGUAGUAAAUGGUAACAUUGGCUGAUUUAAACCAAAAGAUUCAGAUCUCCUUUUCAUGAAACACCAUGUGAUUUUGCUUUUUAAUUUCAUUACUUUAUUCCCCCAGUAGAUUUAUAAAGAGCUGAUUUUUCAUCACCUAAAAGAUACAAUCUGAUUUCUGAAAAUCAAUUACAUAUGCUUUCUUAUUAGUGUCAGCCAAGACUUUUUUUUGCCCUGAAAAUUGAGGCUACAUAUUCAUCACCUCAAUCCUACGUUUGGAACUUCUUCUUUGAAUAUCUUACUCUUACUAGCAGCAUUUGUCCUUCUUCGUGCAUUAGAUGAUGAAUGUUUGGGUAUCUCCGUCUAACACAUAGUAGACACCAGAGAAACAGUCAUCAUUCCCCUCCCUUAUCCCACCACCAGAAAGAGGCAUUCGUGUAAUUAGACAAUCCUGAGGUGUCCCUGUUUCACUUGAUCCGUGUUUGACAUUUGUGUGAAGUAAUGCAUGCCCUCUUGUACUGUGUUGUGAGAACAAAACUUUAACUGCAUUAGAAUCUGUUAAAAUAUUAGAUAUCUUUAGUGACUUGUAGACAGUGGUAAAUAUAGAAACAUGAAUUCUCUACACAUUCCAUUUCUCUCAGAUAUCAAAAAAAUGUUUUUCAUUGUGUUCUUUGUGGAAGAACACAGUCCCAAGUUCAUGAGCUAAUCUGGUAACCUUCUUCCACCUUGGUUCCUUGUGAGUUUUGAUGUAUUAGUGACUUAGUCCAUAGAUUCUCACUCUGUAUUUUGAGGCAGAUUCUCCUUGCAGGUCCCUGAAACAUUGUCUGCAUGUUCACAAUAACUGAGAACUGUAGAUAGGAAGAUAUGUAGGGACCAGUUUGUAGCAGCAGGCACAAAGGAAAAGAAGAGCAGCUGGAGAGUGAGAAAAAUGUGUUUUGUACAUCAAACAAAUACUUGUGAACAUGCUUUACACGUGUAAGUUUCAAAAUAAAGAGGAUUCUAAAAUAAUA